AUGGAGAACUCGCUCGAAGACGGCAAAUGUAACAAAGACCACAUCAAAGACUUAGGUACGUCUCAGACAAGUCUCAAAAGUACAAAAAGCCUAGAUAAGAGCAGCACUAGUGGUUCGGUCAAAAACGAAAAAAUACAUUUCAAAGAGGAAAACCACGAACAUGACAAUCAAAAAAACACUGAUGCUUCGUUAAAAGUGCCUCAUAAAUUUAUAGCGAAUUGGAGACAGGCAUGUGACAGAACUAAAGACAAGACGAAAGAUUUGUUAAAGCGCUGGAGGACUUUGCCGGAGAUUGAGACCGAAAAGGGGAAGAACGACGAGAAUGUGGAGAAGGACGAGCACAGCGACAGCGGCUGGAGCGUCCACGUCUGGACCACUUGGGUCGACAGGUUUAGCAUAGAGUCGGAAGCCGACAACAAGGAAAAUUGCCAAUUAACACCAACACAGAACAAUAAGUUUUCACAUUUCUUCUCUUGUUUGCUCGACCAUGACCAAGACAAUUUAAUCAGUGAGCAAGAUUUUGAGACCCUAAUUGAGAGAUUGCGACAUUUUGCUGACUGGUCGAUAAAUUCUCCGGAAUUUAAUAUUCUUCGAGAGGUGGAGCGUGGUUUCAUUGAAACUUUUUUAUGUGACAUAUCUGACGAAAAACUGGGCUUCACCCUGAACGGGGAAGUGUAUUUAACGAAAGAUGGAUGGUUACAUAAAUGGUCACAAUUGACUUUUGGCUCAAAAAACCUCUGUGACUUUCCCAUAUGGUUGCAGUUUUUCGUUAAAGUUUUGUUUCAAGUUAUCAACCGGUGUGGGUCGGGAAUUAUCACAAGGGAUGAGCUAAGUGCGUUUUAUUCUUCUGUUCUGGGCUUAGAUACAGUGAAAGUGGGGGAGAUUUUAGAUAUAGCCUAUCAGGCCAUGACUUCGAACGGCGAUCACCCGUUGAUAUACAAAGCAUAUCGAUUGUGCUUUGCGAAUUAUUUGCUGGGGAGGUACCCAAACGGACCAGGACAAUAUAUUUUGGGUGCUCCACCGAAUGCGCUCUCGUCGGCAAUGUUUCCUGUUGAUUACUCGGCACUGAAUACACAGCCCGAAGACUUGGAACAAUAUGCACCGGAUCAAAAGACAAACAGACGUAGUGUUAUUGUAUGAUUAAACUUUUAUAGAAUAUCGCAAUAUUAGUAUUGCCACGGCGCACAUAAAUCUAGUCAUUUUACAUUUUUACAAUUUAAUCGUCUAUGAUAAAGUAGUGCAAUGAGUUAGAUACUAUUUCAUUUCGGUGCUUCUUAACUAGUACAAAGUUUUAAAUUGUGAUUUUGUAAAAUGAUAAAUAAAUAGCAUUUUACACAAGUGCACCUUCUCAAAAUAAAAUUCUAAAGUCUAUGUGAUAUUUAAAGUUAUAAUUGAUAACAAUAGAACCACAUUUGUUAUACAGGUGUCCUAGAAUGUGGUCACAUUACACGAAUAUCGAGAUCUUAACAUCCAGUUGUAAAUAAAAUGGUUGCGCUGUUGGUAAUAUAUUGUAUCCUAGAGUACGCUAUAGUUUGUUAUUAUAACACACUGUAUUCAUUCUAGGACCGUGUGUAACUUUACAUUCAGUUGCAUGUUAUCAUAAUCAUUUGUGAUCAUUUGACUGUUCUCUCAAGGCCAUAAUCAAAUCUAUUGUUAACGGGUCUUUCUAUAUUUUAUACAAGGAAUUGCAACCUUUAUCUUAAGUUACUUUGCUGUUAUAGUUUACUUGGCAAAGAGUGUGCAUAUCAUGUAAAAAUGAAUCAAAAGGGCACAACGUUUUGACAGAAUAAAUGCACUUAGGAUAAUGUGUUGUUAAAGUAAUAAACCUUAUUACUCAAAA